AAUUUCACAUUCAUUUAUUUUAUUUCCACUGAGUACUGUAUUUCGCAGCACGCAGUGUUUCGCAGUCGAUUUCAAGUGAAUUUCAAGGAAACAAUAUUUUGCUGUGGUGUUUUGUACUGUUCUGCUGAUAUUUAACACUGUUUUACAUUCUGAGGGCAAUUACAACAAUGACCUCAACUUUGCCGAACGAUAGGAACGAGGAGCGACGUCGCAGGGUGUUGCUGGGGCCUUUGCCGUCAGGGUUCCUCAGAGCAGAUGGCACGCCAGACACACUUGAUGCAGAUUACCAAGCAGCCCUAGCUCUUCAGCAGCAGUUGUGUGGUGCUACGAUGCCGACAGCCGGCCCGCCACUAACAGCCAGGCUAAGCGUCACGAUCGCACAGGCUAAGCUCGUCAAAAAUUAUGGUCUAACCCGCAUGGACCCAUACGUUCGCCUGCGAGUGGGACACUGCAUAUACGAGACCCACACGGAUCCCAGCGGUGGGAAGACGCCUCGAUGGAACAAGGUUAUACAUUGCUUGCUGCCUCCCGGUGUGAACUCAAUCUACCUGGAGAUUUUCGACGAGUGCUCCUUUACUAUGGAUGAACUCAUCGCGUGGACGCAUAUAACUAUACCACAGGCUGUGUUGAAUGGAGAGACGCACGAAGACUGGUACCCGUUGAACGGUAAACAGGGGGACGGCGUCGAAGGCAUGAUUAACCUUGUUCUGAGUUAUUCGGUGGGACCAGCAGCGAUGGCCACGUUCCCACCAAUGCUGGUUGUCCCCAAUGUGGGCAUAGGCGGCUACGCAACCAUGCCCGUAUACCCCGCGCCCAUGCAGCAACCCUACCCGCAACCGCAGGUGCCGCAACAGCAGCAGACGCCCGUGCAGCCAGUCACCGCAGAGCAGCUGCAACAGAUCGAAGAGAUGUUCCCCAGCAUCGACAAAGAGGUGAUAAAAUCCGUUCUGGAAGCCAACCGCGGCAACAAGGAUGCCACCAUCAACUCUCUGCUGCAGAUGUCUGAAUAGACACCACUUGAUUGCUUCUACAUAUACCCCUAGUCAUUAUAAUCAAGGUCCUAUGUACCGGCCAUAUUGACGCCUAAUAUCACCGUCAUAAUGUAUUUACUCGUAUUUGGUUAUACACAAUCUCUAAAUUGAUGGCCUUUAAAUUUUUUAAAAUUAAUAAUGGCCAAUAGAUAUUGGCGCUGAUUCUGUUGUUGAAUUUAGAGUAUCUGCAUCCUCCUCCGUUUAAUACUGCUAAAAAAGGACGGAACAUGAAUUUUACAUUUAAAACUACAUACUAUUUCGAUUUUAUGUGUCUUAUAGACAAAUUACGGAUAGAUUGAUUUUAAUUUCGAUAAUUAAAAGUAAUUGUGUAUAGCUGUAAUUUGUUAACCAAUAUAUCGAUAAUUUUAUAAACCAUUCUAUGUUAACAUGGUUCAAGCUAUGAGAUUUGGUUCUUUGCUGAAUUCACAACUCCAUCUAGUGACCGAAAACGUACUUUAUUUCAACAACUUGAACAAUAAAAUUUAAUCAUACUUUCAGAUUUA